AGAGAGAGAGAGACUACUGCUCUUCUGUCCUCAGAUCAGUGGUGUGAUGCAGCUCAGCUGGUGAGAGCAGCGCAGCAGAGAGCUCAAUAUCCCGAUUGCACACCCGCACACACAUACGGAGCGUGUUGAGGCGCUUGGAAGUGUUUUGGAGUGAGUGAAGCUGGUGCGAUGGAUGUGAUAGUGGCCAUUUGAUGUGCUAGAGAGGGGAAUGGCUCUGACAGUGAGAGACUCACUGUAACAGUCACAUGUUUAACAAGUCAGUGAUGCUCACGGAGGCUCAUGGAGGCCUCGACGGGCAGUGUGGCAGAUACAGGAUGCUCUGCUGUGGCUAGCAGGAUGCCGUUCUGCAGCCAGGAGAAGGACGCUCCCCUUGGCCUGCCGGACAUCACGGAGCUGAGCCUGGGUCUGCAGUCUCUCGGCCUGCCCUGUUGGGACCAGCCCUGGAGCUGCCCUGAGUCUGAACCUCCAGCACAGCCCUGCUCCCCUGCGACCAUGCUGGGGUUGUUGACCAGUCCUCUGGGGAAUGCGCUGGACAGGCCACAGGGCUAUCAGAGCCAAGGCUCUCUGGGUGGAGCGGACCUGUUGGAACAUUUCCCCAGCCUGGCCCGCAUUACUCCAGCAAUAGAGUCUCGCUCUCUGCUAAACUCUGGAUCCAGCAGCCCCGUCGACUCUGAAACCAGUGGCAUCUCCUCUGGAUCCGACCACCUGUCUAGUCUGCGGAUCUCUCCUCCUAUGAGCUUCCUCCUGUCUGGCUCUCAGAAGGAUGCUGUAAAGCUGGGCAUAGGGCACAGAGAGGAGCCCAUCUCUCCUCUUGCCCCCACUCUCCCUGUUGUGCCUGAAGGGUCACUGGCCAAGUGCUGGACGAAAUCAUCCACUUGGCCCAGUUGGGACACCCUGGGGUCACCAGACCUCUCCGCCAGUAUUGAGAGGAAGGCUCAACUACACAGGCAGGCUGCAGCAACAAAUGAAGCUACUUGUACCUGGGCUGGACAGCUGCCUCCACGCAACUACAAAAACCCCAUCUACUCCUGUAAAGUGUUCCUUGGUGGAGUGCCGUGGGACGUCACAGAAGCCAGUCUUUUGAACACAUUUAGUGUGUUUGGACCCCUAAAGGUGGAAUGGCCUGGUAAGGAUGGCAAGCACCCUCGAUGCCCUCCUCAAGGUUAUGUGUACCUGGUGUUUGAGUCUGAGAAGUCAGUGAAGGCUCUGCUGCAGGCCUGCACCCAGCGCCAUUUGCAUCCCGGCGAUUAUCUGGAGUAUUACUAUAAGAUGUCUAGCAAAAGAAUACGAUGCAAGGAUGUGCAGGUAAUUCCAUGGGUGAUCACAGACAGUAAUUUUGUGCGCUGCCCUUCGUUGCGGCUCUUUCCCAGCAGAACAGUGUUUGUGGGAGCUCUGCAUGGCAUGCUGAAUGCUGAAGCUCUGGUCCACAUCAUGGAAGAACUGUUUGGAGGGGUCACUUACGCUGGGAUUGACACAGACAAGCACAAAUAUCCAAUAGGAUCAGGACGUGUGACGUUCAGGAACCAGAAGAGCUACCUUAAAGCAGUGAGCGCUGCAUUUGUGGAGAUCAAAACCACAAAGUUCACCAAGAAGGUUCAGAUUGACCCAUACCUUGAUGACUCCAUGUGCCAAGUAUGUAAUCGUCAGCCAGGCCCGUUCUUCUGCAGAGACCAGGUUUGUUUUAAGUACUACUGCCGCUCCUGUUGGCACUGGCAGCACUCCAUGGACGUGCUGAGUAGUCACCGGCCCCUCAUGCGCAACCAGAAGAGCCUCAACUCGAGCUGAAUGGGCAGCGCCAACCGUAACUCUGCUGCUAACCCAGAGGGCUGAACUGGGCUCGCUGGGCUGAGGGAGAUUAACUGUGCCAUCCCCUUCCCUGAGCUGAUAGAGCCAGGAGAGGAUCACUGUAGAAAGUUCUAGUAUUGCACUGCUUUCUCUUUUUGCUGUUUACUUGUUCACUAAGGCACUAUGCAGACAGAGGGGCUGGGUGAUGGUGACCCAUUUGCACAGUUACCCAGACAACCAUCACCAUGGAGAUAACCCCAAAUUUCUGCAGGUGGCAAAUAGAAAAUGCCUUCCUGAUUUUAGAGCUUUUUCACAGUUUCUCUGUUUUAGUUUUUUAAAUGCCUUGCAUCUGUAUUCAUUAAGCAAGCCUCUUAUGUUGGCAGGUGAGUUUUGCCUCUACAUAUUUUUUUUUUUUUUUGCAGGUCUGCUGACCUUUUUAUGUUUUCAAGUUUGGAGUUCAUUUCAGACAUUUUUACACUGUUUUUACUCCUACCUGCAGUAUUCGGCUGAAGCAUGGGCCCGAAUUGGUAGUUUUUUAGUUAGUAUUCAACCUGUAGUUCUCCUCUCUCUAACUACCUGGGGUAGAUGUUUGUGAUUUUGAAAGUUGUUUUCAUUUUAUUUUAACAAGUAACAUAAAAUGGUUGAUGCAUGAUCUGGCUAUGCAGCAGAUCCACUCAUUAAGUAUUCCAUCUUUGAAUGCCACUGCUGCUUAGCAGCAACCUUGCUAUCAAUGGUCAGAUACACAUGGCAACGACGUUGGAACGGACUUUGACCUCUGAGAUUGUGGACUGUACAUAGUUUUAAUCAAAUUGUUGCACUUUUUUUAUUUGCACUUGGGGAAACAGGGGAGAUGGUGGUUUUAAUUCCCCUCUUGUAUUUCAGUAGAAUGGGGCAGGCAGAGUCAUCUAGAGCAUGACCCUUUAAUUUCCUUUCUUAUAUUGUUGUGUUACUGUUGAAUGUAGAGUUAAGUGUUACUAGGCCUAUCUAUUGUAAUCCAUCAAAUGCAACUUAACUCCUUGUUUUUAUUUGGACUCUAAAGCUGUGUGCCAAAGACCUAGUGUCACGUCAGUGUGUCUGUCUGUCUGCCUCUCCCCUGCCGGUCUCUCUCUGCCCCUCUCUCUUGCUUUUUGAUCAGGUUUGUUGUGCUGAGCUUGUUGCCUGGCCCAGCUGCUUUUUAGAGUUUAAAAAUCUCUACCUCAUUGGUCUGCAAGUGUUGCCAUGGUUACCUAAAAUGGAGGUUGUUCCAGUUGGGCACAAUAAAGUUAUUGAAGCAUUA